AAGCUGUCAAAGUCAAAUAAAUUAGUCUAUACUAUCUAUGAUUCAAAAUUUACCAAAUCGUGAUGGAGAAGAAUCCUAUUUGAAGAAGUAUCUAAUAAAGUCAUUAAAAAUCGGAGAGUACUUUAUUGCAGAUAACAGUCUACCAAUUUAUUCGUUUUAAUCUAUUUAGUUUUCAUACCUCAUGGUGAUGGAGGGCUCGGCAUUUACGCGUAAUGAUGUGUUCCAAAUGGCAAUUCGUGUUGCUUUUGUCUCAGCCGUGACUUAUUUUUCAAUAAAAUGGCUUGUAAAUCAAAUAGAUCCGACAUCGAAGAGUCGAAAGAAGGCGGAAGAAAAAGCCCGCGAACAGUUACGCAAGGUGUCUUGCAGAGCCGGCCUGGGCGGGAGACACUCGCUGUCUUUGGACAAGCUCAGCGACCACGAAAUGAUCAUCGCAUCGCAGCUUGUCGUGCCUGAUGAAAUUAAUGUGAACUGGAAAGACAUAGCUGGCCUGGACCAUCUGAUUCAAGAGCUACGUGAGACUGUUAUUCUGCCAAUACAGAAGCGGGAUCUCUUCGCCGACAGCCGCCUCACGCAACCUCCGAAAGGAGUUUUACUGCACGGCCCACCUGGUUGCGGCAAGACUCUGAUAGCUAAAGCUACCGCGAAGGAGGCCCAUAUGAGCUUCAUUAACCUGGACGUGUCACUGCUCACUGACAAGUGGUACGGGGAGACUCAGAAGCUCGCAGCAGCUGUAUUCAGCCUCGCUGUCAAACUGCAGCCCUGCAUUGUAUUUAUUGACGAGAUCGAAUCGUUCCUGCGUACGCGCACGCAGCACGACCACGAAGCGACGGCGAUGAUGAAGACGCAGUUCAUGUCGCUAUGGGACGGACUCAUCACUGACCCUGGCUGUACUGUCAUCAUUAUGGGUGCGACGAACCGGCCCCAGGACCUGGACAAGGCGAUCCAGCGACGCAUGCCGGCCACGUUCCACGUGCCCAUGCCCAGCGAGAACCAGCGCGAGCGCAUCCUGCAGCUCAUCCUGCGCUCCGAGCCUGUCGCCACAGACAUCGACUUCAAACGCCUGGCGAGCGCCACUGAAGGAUUCUCAGGGUCUGACCUACACGAGCUGUGUCGACAGGCCGCUGUCUACCGAGUACGGGACCUUGCAAGGGAAGACCUCGCCAGGGAGGAACAGAGUAAAGCCAAAAACGCGACCAACAACUCGGACUCUGAUGACGAGUACGUGGACGCGGUGCGUCCUAUCACCAUGGGCGAUCUACGGCUCUCACUCAACAAACUCAAGGAGUCCAAGAUACAGUGCGGCACACUCGCGCCCUCUAUGCGGAUAGAACUCGACUAGGUGCCCACAGGUGAUGUACAAAGUAUUCAAUCGUUAGAUGAACAACAUGAUGUUAGAUAUUCUGGAGUCAGUUUCCAGGAGGCUAAUGGAAAUCUUCGGGUUCCUAUCUCCUACAUUGAAUGGCAUCAAUUAUCCUGUUACAUGUCUGUGUCAUGUAACAUGCUUGUUACAUGCCUUCAUCAUGUUAUAUGCCUGUUACAUGCUUUAGACAUGUAAAUACAUGUAGCAUUUGUCAUGUAAUGUAAUUUAUGUUGACAAAAACUAACUUUACUUAAUUUUUAAUUUAACAAAAAUCAUUUAAUACGAUCUUAUAGUAACUAACGGUAAGACAAUAUUAGGGUUGAUUGGCUAUACUUAUUUCUUAGCAUCACAAAUUAAUUUGUUUUUUUUUUUAAAUAAUAGAGUUUAGACACAAAUAUGGAGAGAAGUAUGUCAGAAUCGAUCCAAUUGUGAUUGCUUAUCACAAAUAAAAAAGUUAGUUACAUAUUCACAGAAUUAUAAAAAGACAACAAACUCCAGUAGUAUAUUUUUCUAACGACAUUUUAACGAUUACAGAUUCUAAAGAAAAAAUGUCUUUUUAUCACGUCAUUACCAGUUCUCUUAGGUUAAUAGUAAAUGAAUUUAUUGAUAGAUAUCUUAUUUACUGCUCGUACGAGAAAGAACAUGGUGCUAAACAUCGUGUCUCCUUCUGUCUCAUACAUGCGGUAGCGAAAAUGUGUCUAUCGACAAAUUUGUUUGUUCUUUUCUAGCGAGGACUGAGUUUCACAAUCGUGUCUAACGAUUCAAUUCUUUGUUGCAUUAUAAUUAGCUUUAUUAGUUGGUUAUAGGCAAAAUGUAUGAUGUACUUGUGUGGCUAUUUGUCAGUGCAGUGUUGUAGAUGUAGGGAUGAGCGGUAUUGUCGAAAUAUCGUUAUUGAUAAGUCGAUAUACGUGUACAGAAUAUAUAUAUUUACAAUAUCGAUAUUAAUUUUAACACUAAGGUAUGCCCAUGUAACUUAUGCCAAAAAAAAUAUAAGGGUCACUACUUAUUACUUAUUAUCUCCUUGUGGUAUCGAUAUGUCGAUAUUUUCCAAGGGAGCGAAUUGAGAAACUGUCGAGCUCUCUUAGUUGGUAAAUAUAAUAAAUAAAUAAAUAAAUUUUCCUAAAGCAGUGUUUUUCAAUCUUUUUCACGACGCGACCCCCUUAUUAUGUAAAAAAAUCUUGCGACCCCCUACCCUCCACGGUUUUGGAAUGUGUAUGAAUUUUAUUAUGAAAUCCGUACAGUUGUAUCUAUUUAUAUUCACAGUUAGAUAUCGAUAAAAUAAAAUAUAUAAUACAUAAUAAAGUAUCUAAAACAGACAUGUAAUCGAUGUCUGUUAUUGAUACUUCAUUAUGUAUUAUUGAUUAAUUGAUGUAUUUACAGAACUGUUGAUUUUUCACUGCUUCGCGACCUUCCGGGACGUCCUUGUAGAGGUUCGGAGACCCCCAAAGGAUCGCGACUCACACUUUGAAAAACACUGUCCUAUUGUCACGUUAAUGAAUAUCGCUCAUUCCUAUUUAGAUGUGGUUUUGGGUCCCGUAUGUCCCCUAGUAACAUAUCGCGGGUUUUCAUGCGUAAGGACUAAACAUAUGUAGAUUGUGAGUAUAUUGCUAACGAUGGGGCCGCAAGUCCCCAUUAGUAACAACCCUUCACAUAUGGAACACUAUGAUGGUUAAUGAAAAUCAUAUAUGUUUAAAGAUAUGUCCAUAAGCUACAAAUCGAAUGGUGUAAUUUCUCACAAUCUAUAUUAUACAUAAAUGUUUUAUCCAUUUCGCUAUAGACAUAUUUAUAUUUAAGACUUCGGGAUAACUUAAUUGACGUUCGUGUUAGUACGAAGCUAAUUGGGAAAAUAUUGUAGAUAAAAAAAAUUAUUCGAUUCACGCAAGCGAGUUUUGCAGCAAUUUGUCAAACAAAUUGUACUAGGGAUGUGUAAUAUAUAGCUGUAUAUUGGAGUCACAGUAUCUAUAUAUUGGUCAAUAACGGAUAUAUUAAAUAACGGUUAUUCAAUCAGUGUUAUGUCCAAAAGGACGUGGCACAUAGCCAAGAUACACUAGUGCUUGCUUUUUUUUCUUUCUUUCUUAUCUACCAAUAUAUAAUAUUGAAAUUAAUAAAGAUGGAUGGAAAUCCCACUGAUAUAGGUGAUAUGUGAAAUCAAUAUCUGCCGGCAUCCAAUAUAUAGAUACCAAUAUAUAGAUAUCGGAGUGAUACCGGUGUUACUCAUGCCUAACUUGUACAUAUAAAUUAGAUUUGUAGGAACUGCUUAUGAAUUUGUUACUAGCUUUGUCUAUAUUUGUUACCGAUUUAUGUUUAUUGAGCGAGAUUGUAUAUUUUUGACGCUAAUUGAAACUAUGUUUUAAUGUAUUGAAAAUAGAGUUGUUUUUUUACUUUAGAUUACAUGAUAUAUAUAUUGAUUACAUAUACAUGUGCUAUAAAGACAUUGUACAGUCAUAUAUAACAAUAUGUAAUGGAUUAAAAAGAAUAAAAACUUUAGGACCACUUUGUGUCACAAAGGUCUCGGGUAUAUUCUCAAGCAUGGGGGGUAUCAUGGGCGUAACAGUAUACACUGUUCUGUCCAUGAUACUGCUCAUGUUUAUAGGCGACGGUUACCACUUUCCAUCAGGUGGGACGUCAGCUUGUUUGCCAUUCUAAGAUGUAUAAAAAAAAAAAAAAUCAAGUCUGAGUUGAGCUCCUAAGGGCCAGUAUAAACUAAAUACACGACUGUCCAAAAAAGAAGUGUAAUGUUUUCAGGGUUCAUGUUUUAAUAAACCAUUUUACAGUGGAAUAUAGAUAGAAUCCUUACAUCAACCCGAUUGACAUUUAUUAUAAAAUUUUUGAAAAUAAUUUGGAAUUUGGCAAGGCAAUCGUGUUUAUCUCCAGAGCAAAAUAAACUUGUUUUGUAAUAGCAUUGAAUCAUAGCUGUGGUCCGUUAUACAAUAAUUUCGUUAAAUUAUUUUAACUGUAAAGUUAACUUUGGGGAAUAACACUGUAAAGCCGAUUGUCACAUAUUGACUUAACCCCAUACCACUGAUAAAAUAUUAGUGUUUUCAUAUUAUUGCAUAUGACUGUACAUUCUGUCUCCGUCGUAGUCGCAAUGUUGUAAAAUAUUGUAAUUAAUUUAUAAAAUUUCUUUGUCUCUCUUUCUUGGCAAUUCUGACGAGAGAAAUCUCUUUAAAACUAAAUGUGUUAUACGAAUUUCGACUUUAUUUCUUGGUAAUAAAAACAUAGUAGUUGUAAGUCAUAUAACUUUUGGGUGAUGCAAUUUUGACAGAAACAUAACAUACUAUUUUGGUCCUAUUUAAAGAGUAGAUAAAUUUAUUAUAUGUAAAUAUGAUUGCAUGAGAUACGAGAUUUUUAUUGAAAGAAUUAGGCAAGUGUCAUGUAAACGAAUCUUCCGCGGAAAUCUUAUUA